UGACCGCCUCCAGCACAAGAUAACUACGCUUUAAGCGCAAGACUACGCUCAUUUCGUAUCGCCGUGCGCCUCACAAGUGUUCAGUCGAUGGACAGCGAGCUCUGACAGAGACUACUUGUGCACAGGAAAAUUACGAUGCCACACAGAUGUGCUGUUCCUGGCUGUGGUCAAACAAAAACUCUGAAUAAGCUGCCGAAAGAUCCAGACGUCAGGGAAAAAUGGAUGCAGUUUAUUUUUUGCGGACGACCCAGUCACGGCAGUGUUAACUUAAGCGUUUGUUCAUUUUAAGGAUGACUGUUUUGAGAACAAAUCUCAAUAUGAUGCUGGCUUUGCCAGAAAACUGUUGCUCAAAGAUAAGUCCGUGCCGACUAUUCUGGGAACAACGACGACGCAAACUCCUACUUGACACAGGAUGACACCAAAGAAACCCUUUAUAAAGACUCUUCGUAGGAAACUCAGAAACAGCUCCGCGAUGCGUCAGGCGCAGCGCAGUCUUGGUGGAUUUGUGCUUGGUUUGUUCCUCGCCACCAUGUACGGCAUGACAGCGCUGUACAUACAGAACCAUAACCUCUGGUUCUGCAUCAUCACCACCGGCAUCCUCGCCACAUUCGCCGGGUUUGGAACGGGCCUCUCCGACCGCGUGCGCACCAACGUCAUGCUGAUGCUUCCAAUGCUGUGUUCAAAGAGGGGGAAAAAUUUCAUUCUCUUCCUCAUUUGUACCUUGGUUAUACAAGGCCCAGUGAGCAACACAAUGGAGAAUGUUGAACUGGCAGCAGACAGUGUGGUCUGUGGUGCAGAACUGGUCAUGAAUCAGACACAACAACUCCUGGAGCGUGCUGCAAACCCUCUGCAGCCUGCCCUGACAAAGAUUAAAGAGAUGGCGAGGAAUGCUUACUCAAUGGCAGGCCGAGCACAAAACUUCAUCACAGCUCUGACAGAACCUGUACAGCAUAUUGCUCGUACUCUGAGAAAUGUACUACACUUCUUGGUCAAUAUUGGUGACAUGUGUAAUGACAAGCUGGGCAUGCCAUAUCAAAAAUGCACCGGACUGUUUGAUGAGGCCAGGGAAGACUGCAUUGAGCUGCUCUCUGUCUUCUCUUUCCUCUGCCACCUCCUGAAAGAAUUCAGGCCUCUCUGUGGGCUUGCACGUGUGGGACAGCUGUUCUGCAUCCUACCUUCAUAUAUUGCUGACCACAUGAAGACUGCUUUGGCUUUUCCAACUAUUGCGGCAUUCGAUCGAAUUAAGAAAGAGUUUGAAUUCAACAUUUCCACCUCCUUCCACUUUAACCUGCAGCUGAACAACAGUCAGUCCAUGCAGGAGGCUGCUCAGAAUAUCAUGGAAGAGGUAUCCGAGGAGCUGGGCCUCCUCUGGGAGCUCAGGGUCCUAUUGGCAUACAUGGGUUUCUUUCUUCUUCUCUUCAUGUAUCUUCAGGCCGUUCUGUACAAAAAUCGAUACCUUCAUAAGGAUGAAUUUGAGAACAUCUACAUAACAGACCAGUUUAUUGAGUUGGACAGGAAGCUCUCUAGACAGGGCAAAGCAGCAGUACUUCCACUCAGCUACAGAGAAACUCUCAACUACAUCAGGCCUUGCUCUCUUUAUCUGACUGUGAGAGAGAGACGGGCUGUGGUUGGUCAGGUGUUUUCCUUGUUCAGGUACAUGGCCAUGAGUGGCAUAUUGAUAGUUUUGGACCUCAUGGUGUUUUGGGUGUUUGAUCUGGUACACCACCAGGCCCAGGGAGAGAUUGUGACUCGAGCUCCUAUAGUGGUUGCAGUACAAGUGAAUGGAUCUGGUUAUGCCUCAGAUAUCUUUAGGGACAUUGCAGCCUCAUUUGACGUCUUACAGAAAGGAAAUAUCACUGUUCUCAGCCAGAAAUGUCUCAUGAAGCCCUUGGAGCCGGACUACAUGAGAUACCUGCUCAUAGGUUUUCUUUAUGGUUUCACCCUGUUUAUUGUGAUUGCUGGUGGCUAUGUUAAACGUUUACAGAGGUUUGUGUGUGCCAGAUACCAUCCGCAAAGAGAGAAAGAAAGGAUCCGGUACCUCCACAGGCAUAUUCUCUUUCAGCGUGGGUCUCUAGGAAAAGCCCUACUGAGGGCUGUUGCACGGAACAGGGUGGACCAGCAAAAUGAUGGCAUAAUACAAAAAUUGGCCAAAUUCCUGCCAGGCAUCAUAGCCAGAUUCCUGUAUGUCAGUCAAGAUUUGUGCAUGGCCUGUGGGAAAGUGUUGAAGAAGAGUGAUGGUGAUGAUGAUAUGCAUGCCUGCCCCACUCCUCACUGCACUGGCUGCUACUGUUCGCUCUGCUUCAGACUGAUGGGGAACAUCUGUGCCAUCUGUAUGAGGCCACUCAUGUUCCUGGAGGACUCAGACCAAGAGCUAGAUUCCAGCGAUAAUGAGCCAGUCAAUUUAUGGGACGCCAUAUCAUCACCACAGAUCAGCCGGAGCAAACCCCAAAGCCAAGAGGAGGAAGACUCUAAUGAUAAUGAAGACACAUGCAGUAGGGACCAUGAGCUCAGUACACCCAAUCAGGACCAUUCCAUCUGGAUCGAUGAGCAAUCCAGUCAUUUUUAAUGACAGCAUAUAAGGCCAAUGCACAUAAUACUGCAUUUGCAUUAGCAGGAUUUAGAGAACUUUUUCUGCAGUAUUAAAUACAUGUCAAGUUAAAGUUAUACCAGGAACUGUUGUUGUUGUUGUUGUUGUUGUUGUUGAUGAUGAUGUGUGUGUGUCCUGGUAUUCCCUAUGUUGUGGGGACAUUUAACCUGACAUUUUUUAUAUUGUGGGGACAAUCAGUCAGUCCCCAUGAGGAAUAUAAAUAGAAUAUAACAGCUUAUAAAUCAUACGAAAUUGUGCUUUUUGAAAAUUUAAAAAUGCAGAAUGUUUUCUGUGAGGGUUAGGUUUAGGGGUAGGGGAUAGAAUAUAAAGUUUGUACAGUAUAAAAACCAUUAUGUCCUCAUAAAAUAUAAAAACCCAACGUGUGUGUGUGUGUGUGUGUGUGUGUGUGUGUGUGUGUGUGUGUGUGUUGCUGUUUUACCCUGUGAGACAUAUAAUGUAUAACCAGCAAAGUGCAAAACAUUUUUUUUUUUACAAAUGUUACAAACGUUUCUCAUCACAUCAAUCAGAAUGUGGUUUGUCUGGUUGCAUUCUCAGUUGGAGGAAUGU